GAAGUUGGUUGGCUUUUGGUUUUCGCGGUCGGUCUUUCGCUUCGCUCGAUGCCGUGUUCGUACUCGUAUUCACGGAUGAUAGUACAAGUCGUUUUUACAUGAUUAACGGCUACAUAAAAGUUUCAGACAAAAAGUGAACUGUGUUAUGUCAAAAAACUGUUUUCAUAGUGUAAGUGGCGUGGAAUCCUAUUUAUUAGUUCUCAGACGGCUGACCGCCAACUCGCGUAUUCUAGUGUAUUUAGUGUGCUGACGAAUUUUAUGUGCUUGACUGUGCUGUAAUAGCAUACCUUGGACUCGCAGGAGAACAGUUCCGAGCGUGGCGUGGUGAGGCUAUAGUUGGUCGCGAUGACGACCGACAUCUCGGUGUCCCGAUGGGACCCGUCCGUCGGCCACGGGCAGGAGAUCAUUGAUGAAAUCGAGUACGACGGCGGAAAUUCAUCGUCGAGGCUAUUCGAACGAUCGCGCAUUAAAGCGCUUGCAGACGAACGAGAGAGCGUGCAAAAGAAGACAUUUCAAAAAUGGGUGAACUCACAUUUAGUUCGCGUCGGGUUCCGAAUUGGGGAUCUGUACGUCGAUAUGAGAGAUGGAAAGAUGCUUAUCAGACUACUCGAGGUGCUGUCUGGAGAGAGACUGCCUCGUCCAACGAAAGGUAAAAUGCGUAUCCACUGCUUGGAGAACGUGGACAAGGCGCUUCAGUUUCUGCGCGAACAACGAGUUCACCUGGAGAACAUGGGGUCCCAUGACAUCGUCGACGGCAACCCUAGGCUCAGUCUUGGUCUCAUCUGGACUAUCAUUCUGCGCUUCCAGAUCCAAGACAUUACAAUCGAAGAAACCGACAACAAGGAAACGAAAUCGGCGAAGGACGCUCUCCUUCUUUGGUGUCAAAUGAAGACCGCGGGCUAUAAUAACGUGAACGUCCGCAACUUCACGACGUCCUGGCGGGACGGGUUGGCGUUCAACGCGAUCAUACACAAGCACAGACCGGACCUCGUUCAGUUCGAGAAACUGCACAGGAGCAACCCUAUCCACAACCUUAACAACGCCUUCAACGUUGCCGAGGAAAAGCUUGGACUCACCAAGUUGCUUGACGCGGAAGACAUCGCUGUCGACCAUCCCGACGAGAAGUCCAUCAUCACGUACGUGGUGACGUACUAUCACUACUUCAGCAAGAUGAAGCAGGAGACAGUCCAAGGCAAGAGGAUCGGGAAGGUCGUCGGUAUCGCGAUGGAAAACGACAAGAUGAUGCAGGAAUACGAGUCGCUCACCAGCGAUCUCCUGCAGUGGAUCGAGCGAACAAUCGAGGCGCUCGGCGACAGAACAUUCGCGAACUCUCUGGAGGGAGUGCGCCAACAACUGAUUCAAUUCGCGAACUAUCGCACCGUUGAGAAACCGCCUAAGUUCGUGGAGAAGGGCAACCUGGAGGUGCUGCUGUUCACGCUGCAGUCGCGCAUGCGCGCCGCCAACCAGCGCCCGUACACGCCGCGCGAGGGCCGCAUGAUCCACGACAUCAACCGCGCCUGGGAGACGCUGGAGAAGGCCGAGCACGAGCGGGAGCUGGCGCUGCGGGAGGAGCUCAUCCGCCAGGAGAAGCUAGAGCAGCUCGCCGCCAGAUUCAACCGUAAAGCUCAGAUGCGCGAGACCUGGCUGUCGGAGAACCAGCGCCUGGUGAGCCAGGACAACUUCGGGUUCGACCUGGCGGCCGUGGAAGCCGCCGCCAAGAAGCACGAGGCCAUCGAGACCGACAUCUUCGCGUACGAGGAGCGCGUGCAGGCCGUCGUCGCCGUCUGCUCGGAGCUGCAGGCCGAGAGGUACCACGACAUCGAGCGUGUGUGCGCGCGGCGCGACAACGUGCUGCGCCUGUGGGCCUACCUGCUGGAGCUGCUGCGGGCGCGGCGGGCUCGUCUCGAACUGUCCCUGCAGCUGCAACAGAACUUCCAGGAAAUGCUGUACAUCCUCGACUCUAUGGAAGAGAUCAAGAUGCGUCUCUUGACAGACGACUACGGCAAACAUCUGAUGGGAGUCGAAGAUUUAUUACAAAAGCAUGCGCUGGUCGAAGCCGACAUCAAUGUGCUCGGAGAACGAGUCAAGGUGGUGGUCGGACAGUCGCAGCGCUUCCUGGAGGGCGAGGGCGGCGCGUACCGGCCGUGCGACCCCGCCGUCACCGUGGACCGCAUACAGCAGCUUGAGAACGCGUACGCAGAGCUCGUGCACCUCGCCGUGGAGCGCAGAAAGCGUUUGGAGGACAGCCGCAAACUGUGGCAGUUCUACUGGGACAUGGCCGAUGAAGAGAACUGGAUCAAGGAGAAGGAACAGAUUGUCUCCGUUGAUGACAUCGGACACGACCUUACUACUGUGUACUUGCUGAUAUCGAAGCACAAGGCGCUGGAAGCUGACGUGCUGGCCCACGAGCCGCAGCUGAUGAGCGUGGCGGCGGUCGGCGACGAGCUCAUCUCCCAGGGACACUUCGGCGCAGACAGGAUCCAAGAACGCCUCCGUGACAUCCUGUCGCAAUGGAACCACCUCCUCGACUUGGUGUCGCUCCGCAAGAGUCGGCUGGACGCCGCCGUGCGCUACCACCAACUGUUCGCUGAUGCCGACGACAUCGACAACUGGAUGCUCGACACCCUCAGAUUGGUUUCGUCCGAAGACACCGGCGUUGACGAAGCUCAGGUGCAGAGCCUCCUGAAGAAACACAAGGACGUCACCGACGAACUCAAGAACUACGCCAACGUCAUUCAGCAACUGAAGCAACAGGCGCAGGAGCUGAGCCCGGAGGACGCCAACAGCGGCGAGGUGCGCGAGCGGCUGGCGGCCAUCGACGCGCGGCACGGCGAGCUGGCCGAGCUGGCGCGCCUCCGCAAGCAGCGCCUGCUGGACGCGCUGUCGCUGUUCAAGCUGCUCGCCGAGGCCGACGCCGCCGACCAGUGGAUCGCGGAGAAGCACCGCAUGCUCGACACCAUGCUGCCGCCCAGCGACAUCGACGACGUCGAGAUCAUGAAGCACAGAUACGACGGCUUCGACAAGGAGAUGAACGCGAACGCGUCCCGCGUGGCCGUCGUGAACCAGCUGGCGCGGCAGCUCGUGCACGUGGAGCACCCGCAGGCGCCGCGCAUCCAGGACCGCCAGCACCAGCUCAACCACGCCUGGAGCGCGCUCCGGGAGAAGGCUGAAGCGAAGAAGGAUGAGCUUAAGUCCGCUCAAGGUGUCCAGACAUUCCACAUCGAAUGUCGCGAGACCGUCUCGUGGAUCGAGGACAAGAAACGCAUCCUGCAGCAAACCGACGACCUCGAGAUGGAUCUUAACGGCGUGAUGACUCUCCAACGUCGUUUGUCCGGAAUGGAGCGCGACUUGGCCGCCAUACAGGCUCGCAUCUCGUCCCUGGAGAGCGAGGCCAGCGCCAUCGAGAACGAACAUCCCGAGGAGGCACAACUCAUUCGGGAACGCGUCGAACAGAUCACUCAGAACUGGGAGCAACUCACUCACAUGCUGAAAGAACGCGACUCGAAAUUGGAAGAGGCCGGAGACUUACAUCGUUUCCUGCGCUCCGUCGAUCAUUUCCAGGCGUGGCUCACAAAGACGCAGACCGAUGUUGCUUCCGAAGAUAUCCCAUCAAGUCUGCCUGAGGCUGAGAAACUCCUUUCUCAGCACCAAACCAUCAAAGAGGAGAUUGAUAACUAUAAGGAUGAAUAUGCUAAGAUGAUGGAAUAUGGAGAGAAGAUUACUGCCGAACCGUCCACGCAAGAUGAUCCACAGUAUAUGUUCCUUCGCGAACGUUUGAAGGCACUGCGCGAGGGAUGGGCCGAGCUGCAGCAGAUGUGGGAGAACCGACAGCAGCUCCUGGCGCAGAGCCUCGAGCUGCAGCUGUUGCAGCGCGAUGCCAGACAGGCUGAAGUUUUACUUGCACACCAAGAACACAGGCUCGCCAAAACCGAGCCUCCGACAAACUUGGAACAGGCCGAAAAUAUUAUCAAGGAACACGAGGCCUUCCUCACUACGAUGGAGGCUAAUGACGAUAAGAUCAAUUCAGUAGUGCAGUUCGCUAAUCGCCUCGUCGAGGAGAGGCACUUCGACGCGGACAAGAUUCAGCGCAAGGCGGAGAACAUCGAGGCACGCCGCAAUGCCAACCGCGAAAAGGCACUUAACCUCAUGGAGAAGCUCCAAGACCAGCUUCAGUUGCACCAGUUCUUGCAGGACUGCGACGAACUUGGAGAAUGGGUUCAGGAGAAGAACGUUACCGCACAAGACGAUACCUACCGCUCCGCCAAGACCAUCCACUCUAAGUGGACCCGUCAUCAGGCUUUCGAAGCUGAAAUUGCGGCCAACAAAGAACGACUGUUCGCUGUGCAGAAUGCCGCUGAAGAGCUCAUGAAGCAGAAACCGGAAUUCGUUGAAGUAAUUUCCCCCAAGAUGCACGAACUCCAAGAUCAGUUUGAAAACUUGCAGACUACCACCAAGGAGAAGGGCGAGAGGCUCUUCGACGCCAACAGGGAAGUGCUGCUUCACCAAACUUGCGACGACAUUGACUCAUGGAUGAACGAACUUGAGAAGCAAAUACAGAGCACCGAUACCGGUAGCGAUCUGGCCUCCGUCAAUAUUCUCAUGCAGAAGCAACAGAUGAUCGAGACCCAGAUGGCAGUGAAGGCGAAACAGGUUACGGAACUGGAAACUCAGGCGGAAUACCUGCAGAAGACCGUGCCUGACAAGAUGGAAGAGAUCAAGGAGAAGAAGAAGACUGUUGAGCAUAGAUUCGAACAACUCAAGGCGCCAUUACUCGAACGCCAACGUCACCUUGCCAAGAAGAAGGAAGCCUUCCAGUUCCGUCGUGAUGUCGAAGACGAGAAGCUGUGGGUCCAGGAGAAGAUGCCUCUGGCCACAAGCACCGACUACGGUAACUCAUUGUUCAACGUGCAAAUGUUGCAGAAAAAGACUCAGUCGCUGAAGACGGAGACCGACAACCACGAGCCCAGGAUUCUGACGGUCAUCUCUAACGGACAGAAGCUGAUUGACGAGGGACACGAAAGUUCGCCCGAAUUCAAACAGCUUAUUGACGAGCUCACUGCGAGGUGGCGAGAACUUAAGGAUGCCAUCGAGGAACGCAAGAACAAUCUGUCGCAAUGGGAGAAAGCGCACCAGUACCUGUUCGAUGCGAACGAAGCGGAAGCCUGGAUGAGCGAACAGGAACUCUACAUGAUGGUGGAAGAUCGAGGCAAGGAUGAGAUCUCCGCGCAGAACCUCAUGAAGAAACACGAGAUUUUGGAGCAAGCUGUCGACGAUUACGCGCAGACUAUCCGUCAAUUGGGAGAGACUGUUAGGCAGCUCACUGCCGAAGAACAUCCACUCAGUGAACAAAUUUCCGUGAAACAAUCGCAAGUAGACAAGUUGUAUGCAGGACUGAAGGACUUGGCUGGCGAGAGACGAGCCAAGCUGGAUGAAGCUUUACGAUUAUUCCAAUUAUCCCGCGAGGUCGAUGACCUUGAACAAUGGAUCACAGAGAGGGAACUCGUCGCCAGCAGCCAGGAGCUGGGACAAGACUACGAUCAUGUCACGCUGCUGUGGGAACGCUUCAAGGAAUUCGCGCGCGAGACCCAGUCGGUGGGCUCGGAGCGAGUCGGCACGGCCGAGCGUAUCGCCGACCAGAUGAUCGCCAUGGGACAUUCUGACAACGCCACCAUCGCGCAAUGGAAGGAGGGCCUCAAGGAAACCUGGCAAGACCUCCUCGAGCUCAUCGAGACUAGGACACAGAUGUUGGCGGCGUCCCGCGAGCUGCACAAGUACUUCCACGACUGCAAGGACACGCUGCAGCGCGUCAACGAGCGCGCGCGCGGCGUCAGCGACGAGCUCGGCCGCGACGCCAUCAGCGUGUCCGCGCUGCAGCGCAAGCACCACAACUUCAUGCAGGACCUCACCACGCUGCAGCAGCAGGUGGAGUCCAUAAAGAGCGAGUGCUCGCGGCUGGGCGCGUCGUACGCGGGCGAGAAGGCGGCGGAGAUCACGCGGCGCGAGCGCGAGGUGGCGGACGCGUGGGCCGCGCUGCAGGCCGCGUGCCGCGCGCGCCGCGCCAAGCUGGAGGACGCCGACCGCCUGUACCGCUUCCUCAGCCAGGUCCGCACGCUCACGCUCUGGAUGGACGACGUCGUGCGACAGAUGAACACCGGCGAGAAGCCCAGAGACGUGAGCGGCGUCGAGCUUCUGAUGAACAACCACCAGUCGCUGAAGGCGGAGAUCGACACGCGCGAGGACAACUUCUCGGCCUGCAUCUCGCUCGGGAAGGAGCUGCUGGCGCGCCAACACUACGCCUCCGCGGACAUCAAGGAGAAGCUACUGCAGCUGACGAAUCAAAGGAAUGCCCUGCUGCGACGCUGGGAAGAACGCUGGGAGAACUUGCAACUCAUACUGGAAGUGUACCAGUUCGCUCGCGACGCGGCCGUGGCGGAGGCGUGGCUCAUCGCGCAGGAGCCCUACCUCAUGUCGCAGGAGCUGGGGCACACCAUCGACGAGGUCGAGAGCCUCAUCAAGAAGCACGAGGCCUUCGAGAAAUCCGCAGCGGCACAGGAGGACCGGUUCAGCGCUCUGCAGCGACUCACCACCUUCGAAGUGAAAGAGAUGAAGCGUCGUCAGGAAGCGGCCGAAGCGGCGGAGCGCGAGAAGCGGGAGCGCGAAGCCGCCGAGGCCGCCGCCGCCGCCGCCGCCGCGCAGGACGCGCUCGACCGCGUCGACACGCCGCACGAGCAGCCCGCCGCCAACGUCGUAAGGAGAACGUCCACUAAAGCGGCUGAGAAGGCCCAAGAGCGACCCCAUUCCCAGCCAGAGGCGAGCUCCGUCCCGAACCCCGCCGCCCUCGCCGCCCCCGCUGACCCCGCCGCCCCCGCACCGCCCUCCCCCCAACAGUCCACGUCGAAACCAACACCGGUUAAACCCGCACGCCUCUCCACCCCUGGAUCGAGUUCGUCGCCCGCCACGCCUUCGAGUUCCGGUAAGGUGAAGUCGCGGUCGCGAAGCAAGUCCCCCUUCAGGAGCUUCAGGUGGCGCACCGCCAAGAAGCUGAUCGCGGGCUCCCAUCAUAGCGACGACGAAGAGGGAGCCAGUCCAGCCAGCGAAGAUGAAGGGGUCGAGGGAACUCUGGUACGGAAACACGAAUGGGAAUCCGCCGCCAAACGGGCUUCUAAUCGGUCUUGGGAUAAGCUUUACGUUGUGGCCAAAGACGGCCGCAUGUCGUUCUACAAGGACCAGAAGAGCUACAAGUCGUCGCCGGAACAGUACUGGCGCGGGGAGAGCCCUCUGGACCUCAACGGGGCGGUCGUAGAGGUGGCAGCCAACUACACCAAGAAGAAGCACGUCUUCCGUCUCAGGCUGUCGAGCGGCGCGGAGUUCCUGCUGCAGGCGCACGACGAGGCGGAGAUGUCGUGGUGGCUGGAGUCGCUGCGGGCGCGCACGCAGGCGCCGGCCGCGCGCUCGCACACGCUGCCCGCGCCCGCCAACGCCGAGCCCAAGCGACGCUCCUUCUUCACGCUCAAGAAGAACUAAUUCGUCGAGUCGAGAGAUGAGGGGUCGUCGACCUCGGCGCCCGUGCGGUACCCGGUACCGGAGGCACGGGUCGCGCGACGGUCGAUCUUCCGACGCUUGCAAGCUUCGCCGCCGGCAACGUUGUAUCUCGCGUUGCGUACAAAACAAAACGUUGAAUGUUCGAUUUUUGCAUGUAUGAAACGCCUUCUAUAUUUAUUGUUUCGUAUCGAAAAAUAGAUUUUAUCCGAGCGCGAACGAUCCCACCCGCGUUUGAUUAAUAAAAUUAAUAAAUUAUAUUUAACAAAAAAAAAAAAGUUUUAUCAAAUUACAUAUUAUUAAAUAUAUUAUUAAUUAUAAAAAAAAAA